UGUAUCUGAGUACUUAUUACCAUUCUUCCACGGAUAAUCCUUGGAAGAUAACGGUCGAAGAGGAGGAACAGGCUUAAACUCUGAAGCUGUCUCAUCACAGUUGAAUAGUGUCAGCAUACCCUGUAGCCUUUUCAUGUCAAACUCACCUGAAUCAACGCACCGUCCAGUCAAACAAUCACACAUACUUUCACAUUUUUCAACAUUUCGUGAUAAUCAUAUAAACUCACUACAACAGUGGGAUAAGAAACUACAACCCCCCUCUCAACCCAAAACCUCAAAAGUUCUACUCGGAGAUCCUCAGCCCCUGCACAUCCAACGGCUCAACCACCGUCUCCGCCUCCGCAACGGCGCCCACGUCGUCCGCGUCGUCCGGGCCCCAAAGCUCCUCGACCAGCUGCAUGGUGCGCGCAUGCUCCCGGUCCGCACUCGGCCCCCCGAGCAGAAACCACUGCACGCACAGCGCCUCGCCCGAGGGCAGCAGCUCCUUGUAGAUCUUGCCGCGGCGCCCGACGUGCACCUCGCCGAUGAGCGGCUUGAGGUGCGGGUCGCUCUCUCGCAGCCGCCGGAACUGUCGCGUCAGCUCGUCCCUGUACAUGUUCCAGUUCGGGGUGAAGGUCGGGUCGUUGCGGCCCGCCUCGGUGUCGAUGAGCCACACAUACUGCUCGUGCGGGUGGUGGCGCCGCGGGAUGAUUACCCGGGAGGGUUGGGGGAGUCUUACCAUUUUUCGGAUUGGUUGUGGGUGCUUGGUUUGGUUUGGUCUGGGGUUGGGGUUGGGAUGUUAUUGGGAAGGUUCUAGUGGGUUGUUGGGUAAUGGUGGUGGGUUUGGUUGAGUUUUUAUGUUGAUGUGCCAGUGGCCGUCGGGGUGGUUGAGCGGGAGUUGGCUUUUUUUGUUCUUUGAGUGCUGUAUAUGUUGUUUGGGACACGAUGGGAUGUUUAACGGAGGUUGUCAUUUCAUGAUUGUCUAUAAUUCUUGCUGUGAUAUACGUGAAGAUCUGUAAAUGACCUGGUUGACAUUGUUUG